GUAUCAGGAGGGAGGUCUGGGUCUGUUAGUAAUGUAUCAGGAGGGAGGUCUGGGUCUGUUAGUUGCAAUUCUAUGGCAUUUACUAGCAGUUCCUUAGCAGUCAGCCUUGGCAACCAAGUGAUUGGGAUUCUCUUCUACUAUAUGACAGUACUAGAUCUUAGACUAGUAGUACUAGAUCUACAAGUACUAGAUCUACCAGUACUAGAUCUACCAGUACUAGAUCUACCAGUACUAGAUCUACCAGUACUAGAUCUACCAGUACUAGAUCUACCAGUACUAGAUCUACCAGUACUAGAUCUUAGACUAGUAGUACUAGAUCUACCAGUACUAGAUCUACCAGUACUAGAUCUACCAGUACUAGAUCUACCAGUACUAGAUCUACCAGUACUAGAUCUACCAGUACUAGAUCUACCAGUACUAGAUCUUAGACUAGUAGUACUAGAUCUACCAGUACAAGAUCUACCAGUACUAGAUCUACCAGCACUAGAUCUACCAGUACUAGAUCUACCAGUAUUAGAUCUACCAGUACUAGAUCUACCAGUACUAGAUCUACCAGUACUAGAUCUACCAGUACUAGAUCUACCAGUACUAGAUCUACCAGUACUAGAUCUACCAGUACUAGAUCUACCAGUACUAGAUCUACCAGUACUAGAUCUACCAGUACUAGAUCUACCAGUACUAGAUCUUAGACUAGUAGUACUAGAUCUACCAGUACAAGAUCUACCAGUACUAGAUCUACCAGUACUAGAUCUUAGACUAGUAGUACUAGAUCUACCAGUAUUAGAUCUACCAGUACUAGGUCUUAGACUAGUAGUACCAGAUCGUAGACUAGCAGUACUAGAUCUACCAGUACUAGAUCAUAGACUAGCCGUACUAGAUCUACCAGUACUAGAUCUACCAGUACUAGAUCAUAGACUAGCAGUACUAGAUCUUAGACUAAUAGUACUAGAUCGUAGACUAGCAGUACUAGAUCUUAGACUACCAGUACUAGAUCUACCAGUACUAGAUCUACCAGUACUAGAUCUACUAGUACUAGAUCUUAGACUAGUAGUGCUAGAUCAUAGACUAGUAGUACUAGAUCGUAGACUAGCAGUACUAGAUCAUAGACUAGCAGUACUAGAUCAUAGACUAGCAGUACUAGAUCUUAGACUAGCAGUACUAGAUCUACCAGUACUAGAUCUACCAGUACUAGAUCUACCAGUACUAGAUCAUAGACUAAUGGUCAUCUCUCAAUCAACUAGGAACUUAUAUGUCACAAACCACAUCAAUAAUGGUACAUGACUAAAUAAAAACC